AUGAAAAGUUUAAGUGAACCAAAUAGAGUCAGAGCUGUCAGCAAAAAGAAGAAAAAAGAUGGUACGGAAGCAAUAGAUAACCUAGAACAAGGACUUUCUAAACACGAAAAGGAAUUAUCAGAAGCAGAAGGAAAAACAAGGCAACAAGAAAAAGAUCUCCUUAAAGAAGGACUUUCUAAACAAGAAAAGGAACUAUCAGAAGCAGAAAGAAAAAGAAAGCAACAAGAAAAAGAUACAGCUUUUGCAGAUAAAAAGGCCAGGGAUGCUGAAAAGGCAAUAGAUGAAACGCGGCAACUCACAACAGAUAAGAAAACAAAACACCCAGAAGCUAGACCUGAUGAUGGUGAAGAUAGAGUAAGAAAAGGCGACAGCGAUAAAAAAACGGAUCAAGACCUCGAGAAAGCUAAACAAAGAGAAGGCAAGCAACAUGAUGCUGAUGCAACGUCAGCGUUGAAAGAUCAUGUAGCUAAACAAGCGAAAGAUAAAUCGGAAGAAGAAAAACUGAAGAAGCAACAGGAAAAGGAUGUAGCACUAGGAGAAAAAAGAGCCAAAGACGCCGAAAAAGCACUAGAAGCCACACAAAAAGAGUUAACAACAGAAAAGAAACAACCGAAACGACUAAGCGAAUUAACAGUGCCUGAUGGUGAUAAAAAGGUAAGUGAUAAAGAGGACGCAGGCAAAGAUGAAAACACAGAAAAACCCGCUAAAGACCAAAAACCGAAAGGUGACGACAUGGCAGCACUUUUGAGAGAACAGCUUAUGAAGCAAAAGCAGCAGGAAUUGGAAAAAGAAAAGGCCCGAAUAGCACAAGAAAAAGAAAAAGAGCUCCUUGCUAAGAAACUCAAAGAAUUAGAAAGUAAGAAAGAAGCGAAAGAGUCAGCAGUUAAAGCCCCUGUUCUGCAUACUGAACAUGAAGAGUCGGUUGAUGAAAUAAUUCCUGACUUGGAGAUACCAAAAGAGGAUGAAGUAACGGAUAUUAUUUUAGGUCAGAAAAUAUAUAAGGUAAAGUCUGCUAAGAAAACCGAAGAUAUGACACCGAUCUCAGAAUCCAAAAAACAACCUCGGAAAUCGGGGCAGCAUUUAAAACAAGUAAAUGUUAAAGGGGAACUUGAAUCGCAUAAACAGUCUGAAUUACCACCUGAACCACAACAAGCAUUUGCUCAGCAAAAACCUGGGCAGCCAGCGCUUCCGCAAUCCCAACAGAAGUCACCGGCAAGUGGAGAUAAGAAAUCCAAGACGUCCGAAACCGAAACUGGUAAAGGUGUAAUAAGGUAUACUUUAUCCGAUCGAACAUUCAUAGAAAAAGGCUGGACGAUGCUACCUACGGAGAAAGUAGUUAGAAAGAUGAACGUUUACCGCAUGAGGCCAGCGAAACCUGAGUUCGACUGGUUUGAGCACAAUAAAAACAAAGGAGAGCUGACAUACGACACCGGAGAAAAGUUAGCAGAGUUUGACGACAACGGGCGCGGUCGCUGGUACUACAGGACAGGCGAAUUAGCGCUCGAUUAUUACGACGCAGAAGAAACUAAUGCUGGCCAGAGAUUUGUUGUCUACAGCACCGGCCAGCCCGAUGAGCGGGGUCGAGCCAGACCAAGGACUCUUCUGGCAACCUUCGACUACUCGGGGAAUGGCAUCGUAUUUGACCACACCGGCAAGAUACGGUUAAAAUUUAACCAAACAGAAGGAGUAGUACUCGACCGCACCAUAGGUCCCGUGUCUCAUUGGAAGUGGCAUACCCUGAACGACCCACCAGUCUUGCAGCAAGUCAUGAUCGACACCCAAAUGCCGUAUAAAGAUCCCAUCAUCUUAAAAAUGGGUGACAAAAAUGCUGACGCCAAGCGACCAGACAAUGAGGAAAUGUUAGCCAUAGAGUUCGAAAACUUUCUCAAGGAAAAGCGUCAAAAGCUAACGCAAUCUUUCAAGCCGUUUCAAAUUAAAAUGAAAGCUAUGAAGAUAAAUGAAUAUUUUUCGCUUCGAGUUUUAGAUCAAGCAUCGAUAUAUUUGUUGUACAGGGACGGCACGACAAAUUUGAAGUUGAAUAUCGGUAUGGUGUUGGAUCACAAGGAGAUCGUGGAUACGGAUACGGCGGAGAUAGGCGAAGUGUCGAACACGUUGGAUAAGUUGCCGGCUUGUACCGACAGUAUAGCGGGGCUGCAGAAGGCCGUGGCGAAGGCGCAGGCGCAGGAGCGGCUCCGCGUGCGCCACGAGGUGCGCCUGAAGCCGCCGCAGCCGACCGCCAGCGCAGACGCGCUGCGCACCGGCUGCUCGCGCCCCUUGCGCCCGCCCGUGCAAGCUUCCAUAUCCUCAUGCGACAAAAUGACCCCUAAACGCUUUAAGCCGUCGUCGAGUUGCAAUUUGUAUUACAGUACACAACUUUUUUAAUGUAUGUAUGUUGGUUAUUUAUUUUUAAUUUAGUUAUAUUUAAACUAAUUAUAUACAUAAUCCUA